GAUCCCGCAAACAGCUUUUACCAAACGCCAUGCAAUCACGAACAUAAGGUGGCCUGUGACCGAUGCUCGAGUCUCUGUCAGGUGUGUGUUUAUGUAUCUUUUAUAAUCUACUUCCAUUGCCAACUGUCUACUAUUUAUGGACAGUACUGAAAACAUAUAAGAUAUAGCGUAAAGUGAAUAGGUGCGGAAGAGAACGGAAAACUGUAAUGACCUCAGAUCAAGUAUUUUCAAAGUUUGAAAGGUACUGAUUACGGUUUGCCAACGUUCAAUGCUUUGAAGUCCUGCCUUCUUUUGCAGGUGUUAGACGACAUUAAUUGUGAAGUACAUGAGAAGAAGUUUUUAAACGAGGAAGACAGAGAUGAAGCAAUCUUCAUGGUCCAACAUGUGAGGCAUUUUAGAAUGAAGUUACAUCAGUUACGAAGUGCUCAUCAAGACACUGGUCGCUUGGAUAUCCUGCAGCGUAUGAGCUCUUCUUCUAUGCUGAUUGUCCAGGACUUCGCAAUGAAGUUUAUUCCAACCCGCUAUAGAGAAGCACAAAGCGAUUUCUUCGGUAAACGGGGCAUUUCGUGGCACAUUUCAGUAUGCCUAAGGAAAACCGACAAACGGUUCGAGGCACAAACAUUUAUUCAUAUUCUAGAGUCAGGACUGCAAGAUAGUGAAACUGCAGUUUUGAUUAUGGAGCACGUGCUCCGUUCCUUAAAACUACAACAUCCAGAGAUUACCUCAGCAUAUUUCAGGCAAGAUAAUGCCGGAUGCUACCACUUAUCGUGUACAAUUCUUUCUGCAGUGUACUUUCCUCACGCUCCAAGAUACAAGUGAAGCAAAUCGAUUUCAUGGAUCCAUAGGGGGGUAAAGAUGCGUGUGAUCGGAAGGCUGCACAAGUAAAAGCUCAUGUAAGAAGUUUUGCUAAUGAGGGAAAUUCGGUCACCUCUCCAAGCGAGUUUAAAAUUGCCAUCGAGUCACGAGGAGAUAUUCCUGGGGUGCGCGUCGUAGUCGUCAAGGUAGACAGGGCAAACAAGAAAACAUUCAAACUGGAUGGCGUGAAUGCCUUUAACAAUUUCGUUUUCGAUGGCCACGGGUUCAACGCCUUCAAGGCCUACCAAGUUGGUCCUGGAAAAAUCUUCCUUUGGGAGGAAUUUCACGAAGGUAAGCACAUUCACAUCAUAAGCAGGAUUUUUAUUUCAUCUUCUUUUAUAUCACUUGUCCGUUUGAAAGUACCAUAGGUGUAAAAGACCAAUAACGCUUGCUUCAUCGUGCUCUUUCUACAGCUCUAGUAUAUUACUGACUCUCUUAUUACUGAACGAGUAUUGUCCCUUGUUGAUUAGAGAUCUGUGACGAACGUUCAGCAAGCGAACUGAACUGAAAUGAACUGAACUGUUUUGUUUUGUGUGAUUAUUUACUAUCGUUUAAAUUCUAUUAUCGUUUCAUUGUUCAUUCUUUUAAUCAUUUAUCAGAGCGUAUUUGAUCGUGUUAUUAGCCGCCUAUCAUGUUUAAAGCCUGUCGCUUACAUAAUCUCUGUAGUAUCACAUAUCGGAGUGUCGGAGUAAGUUGUCGGAGUAUAUCCAUCUAGAGUUUUCUAUCGGAGUUAUUGGAGUUUUCGGAGUAACUGGAGUCACUUUCCCACGGAGUUUCUUUUACCCCUUUUACGCAGGAUCAAACGUGAGUUUCCUUUGUACAUUUAAUCGCCUUUUUUAUCGUUACAUUCAUUUGUAAUUUCCAUAGAAUCAUUUCUGAUUACGCAAUCAUAAAUCUCCUUUUAGUUUUCACCGCAUUGUAACACGUUGUACUCAAUAAAAACUGGAAUGAGACGGAUGUGUAUAUGUGGUUGACACUCAACGUAAUCCCAACCCUUGGGUACGCGACAAGAUCACAUGCAGAAAUGCAUGAGUGGCUGCAAAUGAAAGACUCUUUCAUUUGCACUUGAAGUUCUACCGUGCUGUAAGAAAAAAAGACUUUCGACAUACCUUAUACCUUGUUAGAAAUUACUACAAGUGUGCUAAGGCAGGGUUUGAGAAUACUUCAGCUUUUGAUAAGUUAACCAUGCCCUUUCAAGUUUAACCACUCUCUGUAAAAACGAUUCGCUACUAAAAUGAAAAAUUUAUCAACUAAUAUACGUCUGUUUUGUGCGUCAAUCUGCAGUGCCGGAAGAAAUAGAUUUCCCAUGGCUAGAAAACGCGUCCUUUGGAUUUGGCGACUUUGUGCCUGUCUUUCAAAAUUCAGCUCGUGUGAGGCAGGCAAACAAUGACACUGGUGAGGCAAAUGAAGUCACCGUGGCAGGAAAUGAAGUGUCAGAUUCGAGUGAUCUAACAAGCUCUGAUUCCGCUUCCCCACACGAAGAUUGUACUGAAGCUUCUAUGCCGAAAAUAUUUUCUUGUCCCGAAGAAGGGUGUAUAAAAUCUUUUGUACAUUACUCUUCACUGGAGAAACAUUGUAUUUUUUGCGCUCAUAUAAGAUCGUUGGAAAAAAUUACCUUGCAAGACAGGGCAAAAUUGUUGUAUGCACAGCGUCUAGAAGAGGGCCAAACCAAACACCUUUCCUGUGUUCAGGUGCACGGUAGCCCAUCGUCACCUUUGCCAGACAUGGGCUGGGCGUUAAAAUCAAAGACAAAGGUAGUAAGGUUCAAUGAAAAGCAAAAAUCGUAUCUUGAAAGCAGGUUUUUACACGGAGAGAAGUUAGGGAAAAAGGAAAGUGGAGAGGCUGUAGCUAAAGAUAUGAGAAAAGCCAGAGAUGCAAAAAAUGAGCGGUUGUUUUCAAUGGAAGAAUUCUUGACCCCGCAACAAAUUAACUCGUACUUUUCUCCCUUUGCGGCCAAACGAAGGCAGCUCAGUGAAUCGGAAAUUGACGCAGUUCAAUUAGAGAAUGCUUUAAAGGAAGUUACCGAAGAUGUCAUAGUUGCCCUACAGCAAGAAUCAAAUAAGUACGAUCAUCCAAUCGUGUUCAACGAGUUCAAGCUGUGUAAGAUGUCGAAGGAUGAACUGUCUAUGCUA